UCUCGCGAGACUUGCUCCACAGCGCCGCCUUGUUUCCAGCGGCGGAGCUGCGGCUGGAGCUCAGUCUGGGGCUAAUGAAGCCCCUCCACAAACAGCUCCACAAACACUCUGAGCCCGUGUGGCCGCUUUUCUGCGCCUCGGGCCUCCUCACGCCCCGAACACUGCACCUCCCCGCCGCUCCGAGCCCCUGUGCCCCGCUCCGGCCCCGCGGAGCAGCCCGGGACCGCCGCGAGAGCUCCGCUAAUCCCCGGGACAGCGGUGCGGCCUGCUGCUGUACCCGGCUCAGAGCGCUCCUCAGGCGGACACCGCGCUCAGGAAAACCCGCGGCUUCUGCUGGAUCUGCGUCUGUUCCGCCGCUGUGUUUGUUCGGACUCUGAAUUCAGCCCAGUUCUGUUUAUCGUGACUUAACUUAUUUUGGUGAGUUUUACCGCGCGGCUGCGUGGUUUUAUUCCCCGGAGAAGAGCGUUUAAACCCGGGGCGGCCUGUUUUGUUUUUACCGUGAAAGGUGGAACAAUAACACGGAGCUGCACGGCUGCACGCACCCUGCACACCCGGGGAGGAGGACACAUGCACGGGGCAGCGGGAGAGAGCCGCACGCCUCUGGGACACGGAACCACACGGACAAACACGGGGGGAUAAAUACUGCGUGGAGGAGGAGGAUGCUUGGAGCUACGUUUUGCACCGAAGGGUCAAUUAAACAUUCAGUGGCUAACGAGGAUUAAAGGCCACGAAAUGCAUUGACUUUUGGUGUUUUUGCGGUAAAGAUUGGACGGUUCUUUGCGUUUUACGUGGCGUUUGUGGCGUACGGCAGGUGCACACACAUAAGGAUGGAUCAGACUGGUCCUGAGUGAUGCUGCGUGGACGUGUCUCACUAAACGGAGCUACUUUUCUGAUCUAAACUUUAAAACUGCCUCUAUGCUCCCAGAAAAGCCACCAGAUUCUAUUCGCGUUGCCCACUCGAUACUCGCAGGGGUUUGCACGGUUGUUUUUAUCGUUUUAAACCAAGCGGAAAUUGUGCUUCUGUAGCUGGAAAAGGCUUUUGUUUUGAAAGGGCGCUCCGGAUGCGCGCUCUUUACGGUUAAUCGUGGACUUGACACGUGAUUUCAACCUAAACAAAAACAACCAAGCGAAUGGAGAUAAGUUUUACGGGAGCGGAACACUGGAUACACCGUGCGUAAUUCUCGUUCCAAACCGCUUUACGCACGAACGGAGACUGGCAUGGAGAGGUGCGCCGCCGGAGCCCGUGCGUAAAAGUGCCGCCGCGGAUGGCCGGUUCCUCGUGUCCGUGGGCAGAGGCUCGUGUCCGCGUGUGAGGCUCCGGGGGUAGACAUGAACCCAGUGAACGCCACGGCCCUGUUCGUGUCCGCGGCCCGGUCCGCGCUGCAGUGCGACCCGCGGGACCCCCGAGCCCUCGCCGAGCUCUGCAAACUGCUCCCGUUCUUCCGCCAGUCCCUGUCCUGCCUGGUCUGCGGUAACCUCCUGUGUGAGCCGGUGGCGCCGGUCGACUCGUCGUGUCAGCAUUACGUGUGUUUGGGUUGUAAAGGUCGGCGGAUGCAGCUUCGCCCGUCGUGCAGUUGGUGUAAAGAUUAUUCUCGCUUUGAGCACAACCGUCAGCUGUCGCUGCUCGUGAGCUGCUACAGACGUUUGUGCGCCUACGUGGCCCAGUCGCCCCUCGCCCCCCACAUCGCCGCCGCCGCCUCGCACUCCCCCGACCUGCAGGCGGCGCUCUGCGAGGGGAGAGAGAUGUGGCAGGAGCAGGAGGAGGAGGAGGGGGAGGAGCCGGACGUGCAGGACGAGGCCCCGCCCCUGCACGAGGCCCCGCCCCUGCAGGAGGUGAAGGAGGAGCCCAACUUUGUGAACGGACACGACUGUAACGGCCUGUCCCCGGGGCCCGGACCGCGGGAAGUCUGCAUCGCCACGGCGACGGGCGGGGGGGCGGGGCUUUCUGAAAUCAUGGACGAGGGGGAGGGGCCUCUGCUGCUGAGCGUGGAGGAGGUGCUUCGGACUCUGGACCCGCCCCCUUUGAACGGACAAGCUCUCCUCCAAUCGGAACCGGCGCCCGUGACGCUCAGCCAAUCACAGCCCAGCCCCGCCCACUGCGCGCAGCUCUUCGUCCAAUCAGAAAACUCCCCUGUCCUGGCGCCGUUCCGUUGCCAUCGGAAACGCUCGCGUUCGGAGAGCGACAGUCAGAAGGUGGCGCCGGUGUCACUGAGCGCGCUCCGUGACCCCGAGGCCACGCCCCCUGACCUCGCCCCCGUCCCCAACGGAGGCCCCCCCCGGGCGGGUAAAGCUCUGCCAGCGCCGCGGCCCCUGAAGAAAACCACAGAGCAUCACAGCGCGCCUAAAAAGGCCUGUACCAAAGCCCGACAGCAGGGGGCGCCCAGACCCCGCCCCCAGCCCCGCAUCCCCCCCCUGCCCCUGCCACUGCCCCUGUCGCACCCGCCGUCCCCCUCCCUCCCCCCCAAACCCAUCUACAAGAAAACCCACGAGAAGAAAGGCUGCAAGUGCGGCCGCGCCACCCAGAACCCCUCAGUGCUCACCUGCAGGGGGCAGCGCUGCCCCUGCUACUCCAACCGCAAGGCGUGUCUGGACUGUAUCUGCCGCGGUUGUCAGAACUCGUACAUGGCAAAUGGCGAGAAGAAGCUGGAGGCGUUCGCCGUCCCGGAGAAGGCGCUGGAACAGACCCGACUGACUCUGGGCAUAAACCUGAGCAGCAUCACGGCGCUGCGUAACCCCGCGACCGCCGCCCCCGCCAACGCCAUCAUCACCGCGGCGACGGGGGCCCCGGUGACCGCCUCGUUCCUGUCGUCGGGGGCGGGGCACGAGGCCCGGGUCUUUGACUGGAGCUCCGGUUUGACUGCCGAGGAGGAGCUCUGAUUGGACGAUACGCGGAUGAGCUCUCGUGUGAUUGGUGGACGCGCACAUUCCCCCGCCUCCCCAGGGUCACGUGAUCUGGAGGGAGGGAGCCAGAACGCCGCGGCAACAGAAGCAAACGCGCCAAUAAGACACACCAUGAAUUUUGGACUUCUGGUCACCGCGCAUGCAAACUGAGAAGGAUUCUCUGAGAAAGUGAGCGUCAAACCUCCAUGUUUGUUUUCCCAGUGGGAUGUUUCUUUUGUCAAAGUCGAUCUUUUCAAGUCUUUUGAACCAUUUCACUUUUGUUUCUGGUUCUGAUAUUGUCAUAUUUUUGGGAUUGGGACGUCGUAAUUGUGUGGUUGUUGGAUCCUAACAGCGGAAAACGACUCGAGAA